AGAUACCAGGACAGAUUCAAAGUGAAAGAAAGUCCCAAAAACAAACAACCAAAAAAUUAAAACACAAACCCAUUCGUGUGCGUGCGACUAAGUUUAAACAUUAAUGGAUAUUUCUUCAUCACUUUUACUCUUGUCCUUCGUCCUCUUUGUCAUCAUUAUCUUCAUCUUUAACAAGAUCAACGGUCUCAGAACAUCCUCAGUUUCAAAGAAGAAACUUACUGAUCAUGUUAGUACUCACAGCUACGGACCAAGGUUUCCACAAGGAAGCUUGGGAUGGCCUAUCCUCGGAGAAACCAUCGAGUUCGUCUCUUCUGCUUACUCUGACUAUCCCGAGAGUUUCAUGGACAAGCGUCAACUUAUGUAUGGUAGAGUUUUUAAGUCGCAUAUAUUUGGAACGGCCACGAUCGUGUCGACGGACGCAGAAGUUAAUAAAGCAGUUUUACAGAGCGACUCCACGGCAUUUGUGCCGUUCUACCCUAAAACGGUGAGGGAGCUCAUGGGAAAAUCAUCGAUACUUCUGAUAAACGGGAGUUUACACAGAAGGUUCCAUGGAUUAGUCGGUUCGUUCUUAAAGUCACCACCUCUCAAAGCUCAAAUCGUUAGAGACAUGCACAAGUUUUUGUCCGAGUCCAUGGAUCUAUGGUCCGAGGACCAACCUGUUCUCCUCCAGGAUGUCUCCAAGAAUGUUGCAUUCAAAGUACUUGCAAAGGCACUGAUAAGUGUAGAGAAAGGAGAAGAAUUAGAAGAGUUGAAGGAAGAAUUUGAACAAUUCAUCAGAGGACUCAUGUCACUGCCAAUUAACUUGCCUGGAACCCAACUUCAUAGAUCUCUCCAAGCUAAGAAAAAGAUGGUGAAGCAAGUUGAAAAGAUCAUAGGAGACAAAGUCAGGAGAGCAAAAAACAAAGAAGAAGAUGGUGCGGUUGCAAAAGAUGUUGUGGAUGUGCUGCUUAAGGACUCAAGUGAAAAAUUAACUCACAAUUUGAUUGCUAACAAUAUGAUUGACAUGAUGAUUCCUGGCCACGAUUCGGUACCUGUCCUCAUCACUCUGGCUGUCAAAUUUCUAUCCGAUUCUCCUACAGCUCUUCAUUUUCUAACGGAAGAAAACAUGGAGCUGAAAAGUUUGAAGGAGUUGACAGGAGAGCAACUAUAUUGGAAUGACUAUUUGUCUUUACCUUUUACACAAAAGGUCAUUACAGAGACACUGAGAAUGGGAAAUGUUAUAAUUGGAGUGAUGCGAAAAGCGAUGAAAGAUGUUGAAAUAAAAGGGUACGUGAUACCAAAAGGAUGGUGCUUCUUGGCUUAUCUCAGAUCAGUCCAUCUUGAUAAACUUCACUAUGACUCCCCCUACAAAUUCAAUCCGUGGAGAUGGCAAGAAAGGGACAUGAACACGAGUAGUUUCAGUCCUUUUGGAGGUGGCCAGAGGUUGUGUCCUGGUCUUGAUUUGGCCCGUCUUGAAGCUUCAAUUUUCCUUCACCAUCUUGUCACUCGCUUCAGAUGGGUUGCAGAAGAAGAUACAAUUAUAAAUUUUCCUACAGUGCAUAUGAAGAACAAACUACCCAUUUGGAUCAAAAGAAGAUGAUUGUCUUUCAAUAAGUAGAAAAUGGAGAAUCAAUUUUGCAUUAGUUAAGUGUAAAAGGUUAAAGAAGUUACAAGUCACACGAGUGUUUGAAAGUGGGAGUGAGAUGAAAGUGAUAGUGAGACAGUAAAGACGACAUACAUGAUAGAGUGUAGAGACAAAAAAGGCAAUCACACGUGUGGGAGGUGACAAACCCGUGUCAACUAUUUGUCGGUUUCCGUCAAAAGACAUAUAACGACAAAAUCUCAAAACCUUUAUGGUUGCUGAAAGGGUUCCACGUGGAUCCCAGCUGCUUAUUUAUUUUGUCGACAUUGGAACUUCUCGUUUUGACUUGUACAAAGGUGUAUGAUAUUUAUAUCAUCACUAUAGAAUCAUAAUUAAUUUUCACGACUAUUCCUCUUCGUAAUGUGUACUAGGACAUCAUUACAGAGAAUUUUAUGAACUCUGACCAAUCAUUCAUUUUGA